AUGAUGCUUGAUGGAGACUUCAAUGUCAGACUCUUCAGUGAUGCUGUUCUUGAACACCUUAUUCCACUGUUGUCAAAGCAUCCAUGGCCUCUGACCUUUGGGAAAACAUCCUUGGUGGUUUUCAUCCUGACCUGUGCCCUCUCAGUGACGUCCCUGCCUGCUGACACAGAGAAGGGAAGGAGAAAGGUGGUGCACGUGCUUGAGGAUGACACCGGAGCGGUGAUAGUGCAGACAGCUCCUGGAAAAGUGGUGACACAUCGUGGUGGCUCCAUCACUCUGCCCUGCAGAUUCCACCAUGAGCCGGAGAACACCGAUCCUGCUCGCAUUCGGAUUAAAUGGACCAAAGUGACUGAUGCGCUGCAGUUUGAGGAUGUCUUUGUAGCACUUGGAAGGCAGCAGCGUGUGUUUGGAUCGUACAGAGGCCGUGUGUUUUUGGAGCAGGCAGGACCAGGUGACGCCUCUGUGAUCAUCCAAAAUGUCACACUGGAGGACUACGGACGCUACGAGUGUGAAGUCACGAAUGACAUGGAAGACGAUACAGGAUUUGUCAACCUCGACCUAGAAGGAGUAGUGUUUCCUUACUACCCCCGUGAGGGGCGCUAUAAGCUCAACUACCACCAGGCGGAGGAUGCCUGCAAACAGCAGGAUGCCAUUCUGGCUUCCCACCCUCAACUGCACAAGGCCUGGCUGGAAGGACUAGACUGGUGUAAUGCUGGAUGGCUGGAGGACGGCUCAGUCCAGUAUCCUAUCUCUCAUCCCAGAGAUGAGUGCGGCCGCAAAGACACCCCCGCUGGCGUUCGUAACUAUGGCUACCGGCACAAGGAGGAUGAGCGCUAUGACGCUUUCUGCUUCACUUCCAAGCUCAAUGGCAAAGUGUAUUUCCUCAAACGCUUUAAGAAGGUGAACUAUGUGGAGGCGAUGAAAGCUUGCAUCCGAGAUGGCUCAGCAGUGGCCAAAGUGGGUCAGCUGUACGCUGCAUGGAAGUUCCAGCUUCUGGACCGUUGUGAAGCCGGCUGGCUUGAGGAUGGCAGCAUCCGUUACCCCAUAGUCAACCCCCGCUCACGCUGUGGAGGAUCCCAGCCAGGUGUCCGACACCUGGGCUUCCCUGAUAAAAAAUUCCGUCUGUAUGGGGUCUACUGUUUCCGCAAGAACAAGGAUGAAACGGCAGGUGGUACUGAAACAACAAAAAGCCCUACAGAUAGCUUGACAAGGGGGAAGAGCAGCAACAGCAUCCCCAUGAAUACUACAAAAGUGAUUUAAAGUGGACAGACUGAGAGCAAGAGGGAGAUGCAAUUUUAGAUUUAACAGCAACAACUGUCGCCUAGCAGCCAGUCUCCAUUCAUCGCUUUUCAAGUAAAACACUCACCGACAAGAUAAGCGAGGCUAUGUAAAAUUAAGGGUGACUUCUUUAUUAGGGUGAUUUUCCUUUUCAUCUCCAGUCAGUCAAUCAUCUUAAGGCACAAGUGUGUUAGCUGUUGCGGGAAAACUGUAACAUUAACAUGAUAGCAGCUUGCUCAUCACUCAAACACUCAUCAGAUCAGAGAAUCUGCCAUGAACAUCCUUGUUUACGUGUGUGUUGAUCAUAUUUUGGCCCCCCGCUGAGCUCCGAGCUUGAGUGUGAGCCAGAAUCCCAGUGCCACGGUGAAAACAACAUUCAUUAAUCCCAGAUGCCCUGUAAAUUUAGAUCGUACCAAGUGUAAUUGCCUGUAUCUGGGUGCCACGCCUGGUUAGCAACCCGCUGGCACAAUGUGAGUCAUUUUUCUCAUUAACUAAGACCUGAAAAUCUCAUCAUCAGAGCUGAACAGGCCAAGAAAUAAAUAUUGCACUAGCUCUAAAAUAUUUGCACUUUAAAUACAUAGCCUUAUUUUAUGACAGCAUCUUAGCUUAGACAUAAGCGAGCAUGUAUUGCUUGGCUGAGAGUAGUGGCUGAGGCUGAAUAAGCAGAAAUACAAAGCUACAAUAAUUGCUAUUUACCUCACAUGCUGCACUUCUAAGCAACCUGGGCUUCCAAUGCAAUAUAAAUGUUACAUGCAGCAACCUUUAUUACAGAGUAUGGUAGACACUAUAGAAUGUAUGAAUGUUCUUGGAAAAAAAUAAAA